AAUCAUUCCGUUCACAGAUCUGUUCUCAGUGUCCUUGUUGACUUUAUCACAGAGUGCUGGAGAGGACCACGUAGAUACUAGCAGUGGAGAAUUAACUGCUACAGAGAGAGAGACUGCACAUCAACACAGCUUUCUUUCUUGACUUUUUUUUUUCUUUGCCUUCGAUGGCAUCUAUAACUGAGGAACAGAUCCAUAAGUUCCGCAAAGAUGGCUUCCUUGUGCUUGAGCAGUUUUUCAGCUCUGAAACUUGUGAUGCCAUGAAGGCCCAGAUACAAAAGAUUGUCGCCGAUAUGGAUGUGCCUCCCCACUGCCGCACGGAGUUUUCAACCAAGGAAGAGGAACAGCUCCGGGCGCAGGGCAGUGCAGAAUAUUUCCUUACCAGCGGGGACAAAGUCAGAUUCUUUUUUGAAAAAGGUGUUUUUGAUGAAAAAGGGGAUUUUCUUGUUCCGAAGGAAAAAGCUAUCAAUAAAAUCGGCCAUGCGUUACAUGCAUACGAUCCCAUCUUCAAGCAGAUUACUCAUGCCUCAGAAGUGCAGGAACUGGCAAGGAAGAUUGGCCUUGAGAACCCGGUGGUUCUACAAAGCAUGUACAUCUUCAAGCAACCUGGCAUUGGUGGUGAAGUGACACCACACCAGGACGCCACCUUUCUGCAUACAGAGCCUCUGGGCAGAGUUGUGGGUCUCUGGAUAGCCGUGGAAAAUGCCACACAAGAGAACGGCUGCUUGUGGUUCAUCCCUGGUUCCCACACAAGCGGGAUCACACGGCAGAUGGUCCGAACUCCCCCAGGCAUGGUACCGUGCACCAAGUUUAUUGGGUCUGAGCAGGCAUACGACCACAAACAAUUCAUUCCUGUGCCCGUCCGUAAAGGUAAAACGGCAGCAAGGAUAAACGUGGCAUACUUCUCAUCCACGGCGAGGUUGUCCAUAAAAGUGAACCAAACCACUCUGAAAAGUCCCGAAACGUGUAUACUUUCCAUCUCAUGGAGGCGAAGGAUGCCGCUUGGAGCACAGAGAACUGGCUGCAACCGACCCCCGAGUUGCCUUUCCCACCUCUGUACACACACAACUAACAACUGGAACCCUUGGAGGAGCCCCAAAAGGGUGAUCGACCGUCCCAGCCCUCGGGGCUGACCACUGGCUGUCAUUGUUUUCUCAGAUCUAACUUGCUAGCAUUGCCAACUUCUGUUUCCUGCAUCAUGUCUUUAAGCCAGAAAACUCCUGUUCGGAGAGAGAGUAGCACAGGAGAACAAGAGCCCGCAAAGCAUGUAGUGGUUAGAGUAGGGGCGGGGAACUUUUCAUCCGCCACCUGUCUCUGGACUACAAGUCCCAUCAUUCCCAGCCAUUGGUCACGGUGGCUAGGGCUGAUGGGAAUUGGAGUCCAACGAGAACCCGAGGGCCAAAGGUUCUCCAUUCCUGUGUUAGAGCUUUAAGAUUGGGAAGACGCAGGUUCUAAUCUCUGCAUGGUGACUUGAACCAAUCAUGCUCUUUCAGUUUAGCCUACCUCUCAGGGUUGUUGCGAGAGUGAAAGGGUGGGGAUGGGGUGGGAAGAACUAUGUACUCGGGGUUGUAGCUAAUGUUACUCAUAGAGUAGACCUGCUGAAAUUGAUGGACAUUAUUAGCUUAGGUUUAUUAAUGUCAAUGGGUCUACUCUGAGCUGGACUUAGCUGGUCUCAACCCUCUUCUUGAGCUCCUUGGAGGAAAGCUGGGAUAGAAGUGUAAUAAAAUAAAAGAUAAAUAAAUCAA